AUGAGUUUAUACUUAAAGGAUGAAGACAGUGAUGAAUUUUAUUUUGACUAUCACCGUUUAUUAUUGGAAAAUAAAAUGUUGUAUUGUGCUGGAUAUUAUUUAGGUGCUAAUAAUAGUUUUGUCAGGUUAUUCACUAUGACUGGUAGAAAAUACUGGGUAGCUCAAGCAUCAUGCAACUACUUACUACCUGACUGGAAAAUUCAUUUUUCAAUUCAGAAACAACAUUUACCUCAAGCAUUUAAUUUACUCUCACAAUUAUAUUUUCAAAUGAAAUUACCCUAUGGUUUAAAAGCCGCAUAUCCCGACAAUUUUAAAGAUUAUGAAAAUAGUUGGCCAGAAAAAAUGAAAGGAAGAGAAAUUACCGUUUACAUAUUUCAAUACUUAACAUUGGUUGAAAAUAAAACAACAAUGAAAUAUAAUUAUGAUCCUUCUACAGAUAAAGUUCUCUCAAGUAAACGAGUUGAUUGCUCUCAUCUUGUAGAGGAUAAUGAUCCGUAUCGAUCGUAUGAUAUUUCUAUAAAAGAUGAAAUUCAUCUUAAUCGUUAUUUGGAUUUUAUCACUAGAGCUGAGCAAUUGUUAGAAAUAAACUUCAUCGAAACAAAUGGAUGCGCUUUAGGUGAUUAUCCAAUAGGAAAAUAUUGUUCCAUUCGAAAUGAAAAAUUUGUUGUUGUUAACAAUGAAUUGAAAUAUCCACCCAAUUAUUGUGGAUACAAUGGUUCGAAUGACAAUGAUCUCUCUCAAAGAUUCAAUUUAAAUGUAUAUAGAAAAAAAAGAGCUGCAAAAAAAUUAUUGAUACCAUCCGGAACUAUUCUCAUCAUAUCAUUUAUAUUAUAUUUUUUAAAUCGAUGGAGUGGAAUAGAAAAAUCAAGUUUUUCUUCUUGA